CCCAUCAGGACACCAGGGACACAAGGACAUUAUUAUUAUUAUUGUUAUUAUUAUUAUUGUUAUUAUUGUUAUUGAUAUUAUUAUUCAGAGACGUUAAUAGGAGUCCUGGAGACAUCUAGAGGACAGACAGAGACAUAAUAAAGGACAUAAACGGAGACAUGUCCAGGACAGAUUAUUAUUUAUUAUUAUUUACAUGAUAAACAGCAGAGGAGGAAUGUAACUAAGUACAUUUACUAAGUACUGCACUUCAGUACUAUUCUGAGGUUCUUGUACUUUACUGGAGUAUUUCCAUUUUAUGUAACUUUAUACUUCUACUUCACUACAUUUAGAGGUUGGAUGUAACGAAGACUGAGAGGACGGCAUGAUGUCCCUGAGAGGGACCUGGUCCCCUGUCCCCUCGGUCCUGGUCCGGGUCCUGGUCCAGGUGCUGGUCCUGUCCCCCUCAGCGUGGGCGGUCCGCUCCGACAGGAACAUGGUGUCAGAGGAAUACGUGAGCGCCACGGUGAACGCCACGGUGCUGGACGGACGCGGCAACACCGUCCACCUGAUGAGCAGCGACGAGGGGACGUACGGACAGAACUCACCUAAGGUCGACACCCGGGGCGUCGUCAUCGCACCUGCACCGCACCACGGAGUGGUGGACCGGCAGGGCUGCGACCCGGCCACGCGGUUCCUGGCCCCGCCCCGCGGCGUCCACUGGGUGGCGCUGCUGCAGCGAGGGAACUGCACCUUUAAGGAGAAGAUCCUGAAGGCGGCGUCCUUCAACGCCACCGCCGUCCUCAUCUACAACAACUCCACCGACAAGACGGUCAAGAUGGGACACGAAGGUACCGGGGACACGGUGGCGGUCAUGAUCACGGAGACGUACGGUAAGGAGAUCCUGGCCCAGCUGGAGAGGAACCUGACGGUUUUGGUCUCGGUGGUCGUGGGUCAACGAGGUCCCACCAAGAACAUCAACCGCGGCUCGCUGGUCUUCGUCUCCAUCUCCUUCAUCGUCCUCAUGAUCAUCUCGUCCGCCUGGCUCAUCUUCUACUUCAUCCAGAAGAUCCGCUACACCAGUGCCCGCGACCGCAGCCAGCGUCGUCUCGGCGAUGCGGCCAAGAAGGCGAUGGGGAAGCUGACCACCAGGACCGUGAAGAAAGGAGACAAGGAGACGGAUCCAGACUUUAACCACUGUGCGGUGUGUAUCGAGGCGUACCAGCUCAACGACGUCGUCCGCAUUCUGCCCUGCAAACAUGUCUUCCAUAAGGUGUGUGUGGACCCCUGGCUGAACGAGCACUGCACCUGUCCGAUGUGUAAACUCAACAUCCUCAAAGCUCUCGGCAUCAUGACCAGUCUUCCCUGCGUGGACAGCGUGGUGUUGGACGUCGAGCGUCUGGGCGUCAGUCAGGCGUCCAGCAGCCAGAGGGCGCCGCUGGGCGACAGCAGCCAGCCGUCCAUCAGCCUGGAGCCGCUCAGCCCGCCGCACCCCGAGGCCACGCCCAGAACGCCUGCUGACAUCACCAUCGCAGUGACCAGCGGCGGUCACUUCUUCAACAGGAACUCGAUGUCUCCGCGCAGCGUGGUCUGUGAGAUGGAGCUGCCGGACAUUCAGGCUUCGCUCGACCUCUACGACGACAACAAAUCCUGAGGCCCGUCGUCAUGGUUACGACCCCACAACUCCCGCCCGCUGAUGGACCGACAACCUUUUAUGGAACCAGGAAGUGUUCGCAGUGUUUCCUGCUGGGGGCAGAGAGGGGGUGGGGUCUGAUAACGACGAGCAAGACAAACUUUUAAACAUCAUUUAAACCAUCAGACUUUCUUCAGACUGAAUAUGGAUCCAGGUCUGGAUCUGGGUCUGAAUACAGGGUCUGGAUCCGGGUCUCUGUUUGGGCCCGUUAGCUCGACACUCGUGUUUUAAUUUUCCCCCAAAGAAGAAAAACUUUGGAGGAACUGAAGUUUUCUGGGUAAAUUGUUUAAAACACUUUCUAAACCAAACAGUCUGGAGAACUGAGUUCUGGACUUGGACUCUAGAAGACCUGGAGGUGAUGUUGGUCUCAAGUUUCUUGAAAAACUCCUGAAAAUAAUCAGGAGUCUCUUGUGUUCCUGGAAAAGGUUUUCCUACAAAGUUCCUCAGAAAAGUUCCUGGAUUCCUAAAGAGGUUUCUUGGUUCCUCAAAGUUCCUGCAUCCUGGAGAAAACUCCAAUCAGAGUCGGAUUCUUUCUGAAGACCAGAACCAGAAUUCCUGGAGCUUAUUGGUCCUGUUCAGGAUCAGACUAGAACCAGGACCAGAGGAAGACCUGGACCAGGACUCUGUAGGAGGAACUUUAACAGUGUUAACUCCCCUGUAGCAAAAAGAGACGUUAGAUUUAAAGGAACAGUACGACAUUUCUGGAAACCCUCCUGUUCUCAGUUUCAGUGACUUGGAGUUCCUCAGGGAGGCGUCCCGGGUCCUCCGGUCUUCUUAGUGAACCCUCUGAGAUUCAUAGGGACACACAGGUAUUACAGGGACAGUUUGGACUAAUUGGAGUGUAUUAAUCCGGUCAGUGUUUUACUGCUGGAGACUGAGCAAGUCCUAAAACAUCAACAUCAGAUCAAGUGUACGUUACAUUUAUAAUAUUUCCUCUUUCUGAACUGAAGCUGAUAUCUGACUGCUUUAAUAAAAACAGUGAUUUUAGCUGACAGGAGCUGCUGGUCGGUCUGGGUACUAAAGUCAAAGCCAAAAAUCAAAAAACAAAUAAAAGACUUGUUUUUUCAACAUUCGUUUCCAAAAACCAAAAUGAAAAAACGGAUAACAACGGAUUAUUCUUUAGUACCGAGACCCGUCGGUUAGUUUGUUUGUUUCUUUAUGUGACUCUCAGAUCUGAACAAACCCUUUAAAACACAAAGUCACAGAACAACAGAUGGACUGAUGGUGGCAGCAGCUAAAAUCACUGUUUGUGUUAGAGGACCUUAGCACAAAUAGUGGAAUCACCGAGACUAACAGUCUGGCACAUCUGGACUCUGUGAGCCAAUCAGGAGAGACAAACAAACAAAAAAAACUCUUUUUCAUCGUGUUUUAGCUUGUUUUUGUUAAAAGCAUUACAUAAAAACAAGCUGCCAUUAAAAACACCACAGAAGAAGAGGAGGGUUUUAUUUUAAACAACUGUUAUUAUGGGGUUAUUUAAUAUUAACUGUUAUGAGGUCACGUCUGUUAGCUUUAGCGCUCACGGCUAACAUCUCCCUCUCUUGCUAUUGGCUCACAGAGCUGAUGCUAACAUGCUAACAUGCUAACAGGUCCGAGGGUCUCCUGAUGUGAUGGACUGCUCCUUUGAAAUGUAUUCAACAGCUUCUGAGUUACUCAGCGUGUAAUAAUCAGAAAUAUAUAAACAGCAUUAUACAAUCUAUAACCUGAUCGAUCAAUAUUAUCUGAAGUGACCUGAAGGACGCGUGUCCUCGUCCGUCUGUCCUCGUCUCCGUGUCACAUGAGGAAGAGGAGCUGAUGCUUUUAUCUCACUGUGUCUCUGACUGCCUCAGCAUUAAUGUGUCAUUAACGUGUCAGUAACGUGUCAUUAACGUGUCAUUAAAGUGUCAUAUUGCCUUUAA